AUGCCCAGUGACAAGACCAUCGGAGGAGGCGACGACUCGUUCAACACCUUCUUCAGCGAGACUGGAGCUGGGAAGCACGUGCCCAGAGCUGUGUUCGUGGACCUGGAGCCAACAGUUAUAGAUGAGGUGCGCACUGGAACGUACAGGCAGCUCUUCCACCCGGAGCAGCUGAUCACCGGGAAGGAAGAUGCCGCCAACAACUACGCCCGCGGCCACUACACCAUCGGCAAGGAGAUUAUUGACCUGGUGCUGGACCGCAUACGCAAGCUGGCCGACCAGUGCACUGGACUGCAGGGCUUCCUAAUCUUCCACUCUUUUGGAGGAGGCACUGGAUCUGGCUUCACUUCUCUGCUGAUGGAGCGCCUCUCUGUCGACUACGGCAAGAAGUCCAAGCUGGAGUUUGCAAUUUACCCAGCUCCUCAGGUGUCCACUGCAGUAGUUGAGCCGUACAACUCCAUUCUCACCACCCACACCACUCUGGAGCACUCAGACUGUGCCUUCAUGGUGGACAAUGAAGCAAUCUACGACAUCUGCCGCAGAAACCUUGACAUCGAGCGCCCCACUUACACCAACCUGAACCGGCUGAUCGGCCAGAUCGUGUCCUCCAUCACUGCCUCUCUGCGCUUUGAUGGAGCUCUAAACGUGGACCUCACAGAGUUCCAGACCAACUUGGUGCCCUACCCUCCCUCCCUCUCUUCCGCGGCGCGCACUGGUUCAAACCUGACGCACAAACCACGCCUACUCUCACAGCAGUAUAAAAGCAGCGGUCGCGCACUAUCUGCCAGAGUGAGCUGCCUUUACACAAGACUCUUCGACGUCCCUGUAGAGGUGAAAUCAGUCAGAAAAAAUGCGUGA